GGGGAGGGGGCAGAGAGAAGAGGCUGUCAAAUUUGAGAUGGUCUCGAACAGCUCAGCGCAUGACGCAGUAAGUCUGUCUCCUUUAAGAGUGUGGAUUGGGGGACCUGGUUUAAAUCUCUAGUCAAUUAGGCAAUAUUUAGGCAAGCCACUCUCUCCCUGCCUCAACCCCUCUUCAGGGUCAUGGGGAUAUUCGUAUUGGCCUAAUUUACCAUUCUGAUAAGUACCCUUACCAUAUGCUUUCGAUCAGUCCAGGCCAAGUAGUUUGACUUCACUGUGCUCGACCAUAAGUGACUUGCCAGGAGAACAUAGGUGGGGAUUGCCUCAUGCAGGAGGAAAAAAUUAUCACUGCAGACCAGGGGUUGGCUUGUUAAAGAUUCACACUCUUCAGACAGUGGGUGAUGCUUAGGAAGACUAGACUGGCAAGCUGCUUCCUUGAAGCUCACUUGAGUGACAACUUUCCUCAUGGGUACCAGUUAAGUUAAAAAAAAGAAAAGGUAAAGGACCCCUGUAUGGUUAAGUCCAGUCAAAGGCGACUAUGGGGUGGUGGCACUCAUCUCACUUUCAGGCCAAGGGAGCCAGCAUUUGUCCACAGACAGCUUUCUGGGUCAUGUGGCCAGCAUGACUAAACCGCUUCUGACACAACGGGACACCGUGACGGACACCAGAGUGUACGGAAAUGCUGUUUAUCUUCCUGCCGCAGUGUGACCUAUUUAUCUACUUGCACUGGCAUGCUUUCAAACUGCUAGGUUGGCAGAAGCUGGGACAGAGCAACGGAAGCUCACCCCGUCGCAGGGAUUCGAACUGCCAACCUUCUGAUCAGCAAGCCCAAAAGGCUCAGUGGUUUAGACCACAGCGCCACCAGAAUCCUACAUGUUAUGGGUCAAUCACAACAUUUGGUAGGCGCACAUGCUUGAGACAAGACGCACAAACGCAUGCACACAAAUCAUACCGCAAAAGGUAAUCUGGCGUCAGCGAUCCACUUUUUCUGCUCACCAGUGCUGUUAAUAGCCUUUGUAUUUUAGUAGCAGUGCAGAAGGCCAUUUUGCAAGGAGCUCUCUUUUAACCUUCUGCAAUGCCACGAAAUACUUGCUGAAAUUAUUUUGCUAACUCAACGAUAGGAUGCUGAGAGGCUGGCCCAAUCCUGCUCUGUCUACGGAUAGGAAGCCCUGGAGAGCACCUCUGCCACAAGCCUCAUCCCGGCUUGAAUUUUCAUAAUCUUCAGUCGCCUGCAGCUGGUGUAAUCUCACCCUGAAACUCCUGCAGUUACCCAGAAAGUAUUCUUUCCCUCUUUCUCCUCCAAUUACAGGAUGCAAAGCGGCCCACGCUGCUUGAAGCGAGGCUUAAAACCGCAAGCACUUAAAAUAACAGAGUAUCAGCAACUUAAUCCACAAGCUCGCAGAGGAGGCGCGCUGUUUAUCCCCGUGUUGGACGUCGGUGACUAAGAAAAGAAACAGAGCGAGGAGGAGGAGGAAGGCCAGGAACACAUCACUCACAGUGAACACAAGGAAGCCCAGAAGAGAGUCCAAGGAACUUGCAGAAAGAAGACAGAAUAAUAAGUCACAAAGAGGUACAACGGUAGCAAGAAGGGAGUUAUGCCCACCACCUUGAAAGAGGCAGUGGUACACUCCCUCUCAAAGAGGUCCUCUCUGGAUCCAGAGGUUUUGGGAAACUACCGUCCAGUCUCUAAUAUUGCUUUCAUGGUUGUAGAAAGUCAGCUGCAAGUAUGUUUGGAGUGGAUCUAGGUCUCUUCCAGCCUGGUAUCAGGCCCAGUAAUGGCCUCGGUCUCCCUGACUGAUGAUCUCUAUCGGGAGAGAGACAGGGGUGUGUGUGAUCUUGUUGAUUCUUCUUGCCCUCUCAAGAAGACACACCAUUGACAAUGGUGUUCCUCUGGAGCGGCUGGAGGAACUGGUAGUCAAUGGUGCUUAUUAAAACGGUUCUGCUCCUACCUGCAUCAUCACUCCCAGGGGGUCAUUGCUUGGCUCAUGGCUUUUGGGCUGUGGGAUCCCACAAAGGUCCACUCUGUUUCCUAUGCUAUUUAAUGUCUGUAUCAAAGUGUUGGGAGCUGCCACCUGGGGAUUUGAAGCAUGGUGUCAUCAGUAUGCUGUCGAUACACAGGUCUCUCUCUCCAUUUCACUGGAAACAGAAGAGGCCGUGAAGGUGUUGCACAGGUGCCUUGGGGCAGUGAUGGAAUGACCGGAGGGCUCAAUAAACAGAGGCAGAACCCAGAUAGGGCAGAAGUGCUGUGAGUGGGUGGUUCAUGUGUCUGAGAAUUUAGGUGCACAUCCUACUCUGAGAGAGGUUGUGCUCCCCUCAAAGAAACCAGUUCAUAAUUUGGGAGCACACCUGGAUUCAAACUUUUCACUUUUCUGUAGCUAGGAGUGCUUCAUGGCCAAUUUAUGCCAGUUGGGUUCCUAUUGAGGAUAUUCAGCGAGCCGACAGUGAAAUGGGAUUGAGAAUUGGAGUGAUCAUUCUGUGGUAAUUAUGGCAGUGGACAAAGCUGUAUUGUAACUUUUGAAUAUAUCAUUAUUAUUAUUAUUAUUAAAUAGGCUAGUUCACCAACCACAGCCAUUUCUGAACCAGGUUGCCCGAGCCCAGUUGUCCAUGCUGUCUUCCUGCUUGGACUACUGGAAUACACUCUACCUGGGACUGCCCUUGAAGACAGGUUCCUAUUCAUGUGGAGGAAGCCUAAAAGGCCAUUAACUUGGUAUUAACAAGCUUCCAAAUUGCCCCCCUUAAAAAUCAAACCCCCCCCAAGGGAACCUUGGUUUUAAACAAAGUUUUUAACCCCCCAUCUCUCUCUCAUUUCCCAAAAGCCAUUUUAGUUACAUCUGAAGCUCAUGAAAGCACAAAAGCAGGUAUGAGCCAUGCUGGAAACAGCUCCUCCAAGAAUCAAAACUCAGAAAGUCGAAGCCGUUAUGAGACACCAGCACUUUCUGAAUUGCAGAGGCUAGUUUGGAGCAGAGGAGGAUCCGACAACCAUGUGGAUCAAGUGUGGCCAAACCUCUACCUUGGAGACGCGUAAGGAAACGGAAGGAUUGCAUCUUGUUACUUACCGGUCAUAAGGAGAGCAGAAGAUUAAAAAUCCUAUAAAAUAGCAGCAAACAAAUUGGGAUCUCAACAUCCAAAUCCCACAAAAUAGACUAGUAUAAACUGGUUCUGUAAACCAACUUUCUAUCAGAAAUAUGGACAAAUUAAAACCGAUAUAACCUUUAAAUGCUCAUUUGAAAAGGGAAAAACACAGAUCAACCUAAGUACAACUAAAAUAUAAUAUUACAAUGAAAUACAAUUAAAAUAUACAGUGGUACCUCUGGUUAUGAACUUAAUCCGUUCUGGAGGUCCGUUCUUAACCUGAAACGGUUCUUAACCUGAGGUACCACUUUAGCUAAUGGGGCCUCCCGCUGCCGCUGCACAAUUUCUGUUCUCAUCCUGAGGUAAAGUUCUUAACUCAAGGUCCUACUUCCAGGUUAGCGGAGUCUGUAACCCAAAGUGUUUGUAACCCAAGGUGUUUGCAACCCAAGGUACCACUGUAAAAUUACUUUACAUAAAACUAUUACAUUUUGUGGAAUUUAAAUGUUCAGAUCCCAAUUUGUUUGCACACACAUACAUAGUCCCUCCACUGCCAAGGAAAACCUCUUUUGCUCUCUGUCGCAGACACAUACAUGUCCUUUGGGAAGCAGGUGAGAGGACUCUAGGACCCUGUCUGAACCCUCAUGCCUCCUUCCCCAAAUCCAGCACCCCUAAAUCUGCCCCUGUUGGCCUCAAAUAUUUUACUGUAUUAGGGGGGCUGUAGGGACCUGGGCGCCUCAGAGUUGGCGCCUAUGCCUUGCCUCAUGGGUGGGGCGGCCCUGGGUGAAAAGGGAAAGUAGCCCUCCCAAGUGUCCCUAUUUUCCAGGGACAGUCCCGGAUUUACAGAAGCCACCCCGGUUUCUGAUUUGACCCUGAAAUGUUUCACUUUUCCUUAGGACGUCCCUAUUUUCAAUGGAUAAAUGUUGGAGGGUAUGAGGCGAGUAAGGGCAAUGUAAUAGUAAUAGUAGUAAUAAUAAUAUAUUUAUACCCCACUCAGUUUCCCCAGUCAAUUUGGCCCAGUUUUACCAAUUGGGCCAAGGGCUACAUUGUACAGAAACCAUCAGUUUCAGAUGUGCAAAGACUUUAUUAAAUACUUGGGUAUAAUGAUUUCAUCAGAUAUAGACCAAAUUGUAAAAUUAAAUUUGAAUCAAAUUAUAAAUGAGAUUUCUUUUGCUAUUGAAAGGUGGGGACCUCUCUAAACCUUUCCCUUUUGGGGAAAGGUUAAUGUCCUCAAAAUGAAUAUUGUUCCAAAGCUUUUAUACAUUCUUAGAGGAUUACCAAUACAUAUUCCCAAAUCUUACUUCUAAAAAAUAAAUCAACUAUUUAGAUCGUGCCUAUGGGCCACCAAAAAUAUCACUACAUAAAAUGCAACUUCCAACUAAGGAAGGUGGCUUUGGUCUCCCAAAUCUGGAAUUAUACUUCUUGCAGUGAGGGAACUGCCAGAAGGCCCUCGGAGCUGGACCUCAGUGUCCGGGCUGAACGAUAGGGGUGGAGACGCUCCUUCAGGUAUACUGGGCCAAGGCCAUUUAGGGCUUUAAAGUUCAGCACCAACACUUUGAAUUGUGAACGUAACACAGAGAGACCUGUAGUCCAAAAGAAAGAGGGAGAACAGAAAUCAUUCCUCCAACUGCAUGGCUAGGGAGGGAAGCCCUAAAACUGAUUCUGCCUGACAGAGCAGGUUGUAAGGAGCCAUGGUCCGGUAAACAGGGACUGUGCUAUGAAUUAGAGAUGAGACGCAGGUGCUCAUUGCUUCUUGCUUCCUUGAGGCUCAAGAGGCCUCUUAAAUAAGCCCAUGUCAACACAGAACAGGAGCAGCCGCAGCCGCAGCAACCCUUUAUCAUCUUUUAACAGAUGGGCAGCUCGAAGCAAAGCCAUUCUGCAGAGCCUCGGCAUCACCCACAUCCUCAACGCAGCAGACGGGCCAUACAACAUCAACACAGGCGCUCGAUAUUACAGAGACCUGCCAAUCGAGUACUACGGGGUGCAGGCGUUUGACGACACCUCGUUUGAUAUCAGCGUCUUCUUCCAGGAUGCUGCGAAUUUCAUCCACAAUGCCUUGAAGGCUACAGGAGGUAAGAGGGAGAUAGAGGGAGGAGAAACAGCCUUCGAGAUGUGAGAGGCACUCGGUUGCCAGCUGCGUGGGCCCAAAGCUGCUGCUGUUCCCUUUAAUCUUGCCGCAUUUAGCAAAGGGCUUAAAGCUACUUAAGGAUGCUUUGCUUAAUUGGUCUUUCUUGCUCAGGGAUGGGCUUCCCCAUACUAGAUCUCCAGGAAAAGAGGAGGAGUGGCACAUGUGGGGUUGUCACUCUUUGAGGAACCUCUUCCUAUGUGUUUGAUGGCAGCUUAGCACUGGAGCAGGUGAAACUUUUCCUAGGGUAGUGAUAGUGACAUGGAAAGCGUUGCUUCAUUAAUUUCUCCGUGUCUGGCCGAAGCUGAAGGUGCAGAAGCAGGGCUAGUUUGGAAAAAAGCAGGAAGUUAUUCCCAUCUCCCAAAUCCUAUAUAAAAAGUUAUUGGGCUAUAUCAAUCAGUCUGAUAAUUUUUAAAGUUGAUUAACCACCUAUCUUCUCAUUGGCCAAAGUUGUACAUAAACAUGCCUAACUCAAGCAUCUCGUUGUAGGGAUGCGGGUGGCGCUGUGGUCUAAAUCACUGAGCCUCUUGGGCUUGCCGAUCAGAAGGUUGGCGGUUCAAAUCCACAGGAUGGGGUGAGCUCCCAUUGCUCUGUCCCAGCAGUUCGAAAGCACGCCAGUGCAAGUAGAUAAAUACGUACCACUGUGGCAAGAAGGUAAACAGCGUUUCCGUGCACUCUGGUUUCCGUCACAGUGUUCCGUUGCACCAGAAGCAGUUUAGUCAUGCUGGCCACAUGACCGAGAAAACUGUCUGUUGACAAAUGCCGGCUCCCUCGGCCUGAAGCAAGAUGAGCACCGCAACUCAUAGUCACCUUUGACUGGACUUUGACUGGACUUAACCGUCCAGGCGUCCUUUACCUUGAUCUUUACCUUCUCAUUGGCCAAUGCUGACUUUACAUAAACAUGUGUAACUCGUGUCUCAUUGUAGAUGUCUUUUUAUGAUAACCCAAUGCAGGGCUUUUAAGCUCACCACCAGUACAUAGAAUUAGCAGAAGGAACUGCGUCUCAUCAUUGGCCCUGGGUGUUGUAUAGAGUCUCGUUCUGCCUCCGUCAUGGACUCUUCAAUGGUUUUCCAGGGUAUCUUCAGAUGGGUGUACCUUCAGGGAGAGAAAUCCUUCCCACAGUUACUACUGCAUGUCAAGGCCCCGAGGCCUCCCCCUUUAUGUUGAAUAAUUGCAUAUGGACACCGUAUACUGUAUGAGGUUAAUGGGCAAAAUUUAGACCACAACUUUAUUGGUUACAGAAUGUGAGUGGUAUUGGCUUAGGCAUCGGAAUUGAACCGACUAUAUCUGACUCCUGCCCACCAUACAGGAAGUCUCACAAGGGUUAAACCACCAGUAGGGGAGCCCUGUUUAUGUACACCAAUUUGGAGCUCCCCCAGGGUCACUGGAAGGUCGUGCCAUGGCCCUAGCCUCCACCCGGGCUUCGGACAGGAACCACGACCCCCUGGAUUCCUUUAACGGACUAUCCUUUAAAAUGGAGGGGCAGGUGAUGGCCACACCUCCCCUCCCCCAAACCAGGCUUUACCAAUGCCUAACUGCCAAACCCUACAAAAGUUGUGAUGAUUGCUACAAGGUAGGCGAAAACCAAAUGGCCAGUGCCAAUUUGCCAAGUGGAAAAAUUCCUACCAGGCCCCUCAACAGCAACCAACCGAAGUCCAAUACGACAAACGCAUGAAAAGAGGGCGAACCAGAACGGAGAUCCCCUGUGUGGGAGUAAGGCUCUGCCUGUGCUGAGGCACAUCUCGCACCCAGCAUGCCACAGCGUGCCAAGGAGCCUUACGGCCACUCUCCCUAAACUCUAGCCUCUUGGCCAGAAGACAGGGUUUCCCCCUGACCUUUUGGAGCUAUGGAGGUAAAGUUCUACUUGUGCUGAGGCACAGUUCAAACCAGGCAUGCCACAGCGUGCCAAGGAGCCUUGCACCCAUGCUCCACAAACUUGUGGCCUCUUGGCUAGCAAACAAGGUUUUCCCCCUGACCAUUUGUCCUCUCACAGAUUUGGUUACUAGACAUAACGCUUGGCUGGAGCAUGACCAGGGACGCAGAUGAAAUCAAGUACCGGGGAAAAUUUUAGGGAAACACCUGCUAACACGUGUAUUUGAUAAGGCUGGAAAUGUGCUUAGAUGGAAAUACGUCAUGUUCAGAGUGGUUUCACUACCGUUCCCAAUUGUUGACUUCUGUUAAUAAAAGGAGCCUCUGCACAGCUAGUCGGCAGCUUGCUUGGAGCAUGCUUGCCAGCUUGCUCCUGCACCGAUCACCUGCAUCCAACCUCCUGUCAUCCUCCAUUAUUCCUACACCCUGGCUGUGCAGCUGCUUAAAAAGGGGUAAGCCACGCCCCCAGCCAACUGGAUUGGCCGGCCAGGGGUUGUGAUGCAGCCGGGGUCUCCCUGAUGAGGCGGGGGCCUGGCCCAACCUCCGCUGUGUGUGGAGGCCACAUGGCCUGUCUGCCACACUGCCCCACCAGGAAGUAGAGCAGCCUUAUUUGGACCAAAUUUUGGGAGCCCUGAAGCUUGAAUGUCUUAAACAGUGCUAUUUUUCUAGAAAAAUAGGUGCUGGAACUCACAAUAAACAUGUUAUCUUAUAAUGGCAAUGGCACCCACCUGAGAGGAGCCAGAACAGAGUUGCAAUGAGUUCCGACUGGGGUGGGGAGCGCUGGUCUUAACUUUCUAUGUUCCACAUCAGUUAAAUGAUGUUCUUCUGUUAUUUCUCUGCAGGCAAGGUAUUUGUCCAUUGUGCCAUGGGGUUAAGCCGCUCAGCCACUUUAGUGCUGGCCUAUUUGAUGAUCCAUGAAAACCUGACACUCGUGGAGGCCUUAAAAUCAGUGGAUUCAAACCGAGGGAUCUGCCCAAACACAGGGUUCCUCAUCCAGCUACGAGCCCUGGACAUCAGAUUAAAUAAUGAGAAGAGAGGUGCCUUGGCACUCUGAGGAAAACAUAGUGAUGCAAGCCCUAUAAAGACAGCCAAUGCUGCAGCACCAAUGCUCAAUUUGGAAUAAUUACUUCAAAAGUGCAAAGCUUUUUCUUCAAUCCCACACAACAGACCAGAUGCCCGAUGUCCUCCACUUCUAGGUAUGCAUGAUAAGUGAUGGCUCCUCGAUAGAGUACAACAUUGGUUUGCUGGACUUGAGUGGGAUCACACUGGUUAUUUAGGGCUGCCAUAUUUUGAAAGCGAAAAAGGGGACACAUUUGCUGGCACCUGGGGCAAGGAGUGAGGGAGUGAGGGAGCAGGUGCAUUCUACAAUGUCCCUUCAAAAAAUACAAAAAAAAGGACAUGGUCCUUUCCUGCAUCAUGCAAAAUUCACACAGUCUGUGUUUUGCACUUGGCUGUCUAUUACCGCAUAUGUAACACAAAAAGUAGCCGGCUCCCACAACCCCGGACAUUUUGGCAAAUUCAAAAAAUCCAUCCAGACAGAAAUUUUACCCCUGAAAAAGAGGACAUGUCCUGGAAAAAGAGGACAUGCGGCAACUCUAAUUUGUAUACCAACCUUCAUCCGAAGAUCACCGGGUGGUUCACAACAGAAACAUACAAAUUGAGAACACAAAAUACAUAAUCCAAGCAAAAGCAAACCAAUAACCGUCCCCAUCCCACACACAUUUAAAAGGCCAUAGAAUGGUUAUGCCAUCAUCACUGUCUUUUUGAGAGAGGGAGAAGCAGAAAAAGAGGGAGAAAGGCAAUAAAAACAGGUCAUGUGUUGCAGUUAAAUAUAGGCUGCAGAAUGGAGAACUCCAGGAUUUAUUACAUAAAUAUCUUAGCCUUCUUCAGGGGAGCACAAGGUAAUUUUGCUGUUCUGUUUUUGCACCAAUUCUGGGGGUUGGUGAUACUGGGGGGUGAUGACUGACAUAAGAUGACCUACUGAGCCUUGUGGCUGAAAAAAGGAAUUUUAACCUAGGUCUACCCAGACCGUUUCCAGCACAUUUGCUCCCUGAAUGAGGCUAAUGCCUUAGCCUCCAUCUAAACAUGUGGUCCAAUAUGCACGGGCAUUGAUGUGCUGCAGGUCCCUCCCACAUUUUGUCUCCCACUAACUUGCAAAUUGAUACUGCAUCCUGCAAGCAUGAUACAACUUUGCCCUCAAUUGCAGUCACCUGUGCUGUGGCUUCAUUGCCUUGGCAUCUACCCGUGUCUAGCUUGGUGCCAAUAUUCUGCAUGACCUGCAGCUAAGGAUCUCAGCUAUGUGCUUUGUGAAGCACUCCUGCGCAUCUGUCCUGACUCUCCUGGCAUUCGGCAUCAUUGGAUAAGCACCGACCCCAGUAUUAUCACAGAUAAAUCCAGCAUCGCCUGAGCUUUGUGAGUGCAGCUUUCUCCCGACUGAAGUGCAGAGGACAUUCGCAGGGAAACCAAAAUGCUAGUUUACAAAGCUAUUGUACUACCAACCUUACUGUAUGCUUGUGAAAUGUGGACCACUUAUAAAUGCCAUCUCCUCGAAAGAUUCCAUCAAUGGUGUCUCUGAAAAAUUUUACACAUCACUUAGGAAGACAGGCGAACUAAUGCCAGUGUACUGGAAGAAGCAAAGAUCACCAGUGUUGAAGCAAUGAUUCUUCAACAUCAACUUCGUUGGACCGAUCAUGUUGUGCGGAUGCCUGAUUGUCUUCCAAAGCAACUGCUCUAUUCCAAACUUAAAAAUGGAAAGCGUAAUGCUGGUGGUCAACAAAGGAGGUUUACAGACUCUCAAGGGAAAUCUUUAAAAAUUAGUAUAAACACUGACAACUGGGAAACGCUGGCCUGUGAGCGCUCCAAUGGGAGGACAGCCUUUACCAAAGGUGUCAUGGACUUUGAAGACGCUUGAACUCAGCACAAAAGGGAGAAACGUGCUAAGAGGAAGGCACAUUUGGCAAACCCUCACCGUGAUCAACUCCCACCCAGAAACCUAUGUCCCCACUGUGGAAGGACGUGUGGAUCCAGAACUGGCCUCAACAGUCACUUACGGACUCACUGUUAAAACCAUGUUCAUGGAAGACAAACUUACUUGGCUAUGUGUGAUCGUCAAAGAAGAUUAUCAGAGAGGGAGAAGAAACUUUUUCUACAGAAGCACACAAGGAGCAUCUCCCAAGGCCCAAACUCCAGCUUGACAAGCCCUGGAGCUGCUGUUUACUGCUUGUUCACCUGCUCUCUCCAAGCAAAAGCAGCAGUUGUUGCAGACAAAGAGCUUCUUCUCUUCCCCAGAUCUUAUCACCCUGGACAAGGAUUCAGAUGAAGGGGCUCAGAUUGUGUUUUGCAAACUGCACUGGUCAAGCAAAGGUCCAGAUCCAACUCAUUCAACAGAUUCACAUGCUAGAUAUCUGGUUUUCAUCCAUGCUCAUUUUGUUUGAAAAAUGUUCAAGUCAGGGGGGUGUACUUUAACUUCAAUAAAAAUAGAAAGCUGGACUGAAAGGAAAUUUUCUGUUUG